AUUGCUGUGAAUAUACGAUAUCUUUUCUUGUGUGAAGAAAUUUAGGGUUCUUUAUUGGAUGGAUUGCUCCAGGGCGCCAUUCGUACCGGGCGUGCGAAUUCUCUCCUCGAGGAGGAGCAGCGGUAUCUCUUCCUCAAAUGCGAUUGCGAUUAGAUUUUUCACUCUGUUUUCGCCGUCGCCAGCGGCAUUGGGCUGUUCUUCUCAAGCGAGAGUCUUGGCAUUGCGAGCAAGAAUUUCCAAUCCUUCGUGGAGAGGAGUGUGCGCUUCAGCCGAGCCGGGCAUCAGGCAUGGAGGGAUUUCUCCUGGAUUGAUUCCUUCGCAGAUUGAUAUUUCUCCGGAUGAAGUAUCUUCCAAAAAUCUGGGAGGAGGAGGAGGAGAGAGCUUAUUAUCAGGGGAGUCCAUCAAGCACGUACCGCGGAGCUAUAGCAACAAGUUUAUUCGAUGGGUGAAGCUGGGCUCGGUGAUCAAUGACGCGGCCAUGGCUUUUUUCAAGAGUGAAGUACGUCGUCGCACUUUCAUCACCAUAAUCCUCCUUAUGGUCUGCAGAGCUGGUCAAUUUGUUCCUCUUCCCGGUUUUAAUCACAGGACAAUGCCAUCGAAUUUUCUCGGCUCCACCGCUCUUACAGCAAGUGAAGGGGCUUUUCUCAAAGAGCCGAAGAUAUCGUUCUUCCACCUCGGGCUGAGUCCUUAUAUUUGCGCAAGCACUGUUAUACAUCUAGUCUGUUCUUGGUACCCUCCAUUCCAAAAGAUGCGAAAGGAAGGAGAAAUCGACAAGAUAAAGUCAUAUACCUGGUGGCUUACUCUGUCAUGCUCGGUGAUUCAAGCACUCCUACUGUCGUAUGCAACGCUCCAGUAUGCUACUGCGUCUGAUCUGUUUAAGCAUUUCCUGUUUACCGCGUCUUUACUGACCUCUGGAUCAAUGUUACUGGAAUGGAUAUCUCGUAGGAUUACCGAAUCUGGAUUUGGUCAAGGAUCAACGUUGAUUAUUUGCAUGGGGAUUCUUGUCAGUUCCUCCCAGUCCCUCUGUAAUAUGGUCAUAAGCUUCUCCAGUAAGUCGAAUCUGUUUCAAGCUCGGGUAUAAAUUCACUUGGUAACAGGAUUGGACUUCUCCAAGUGGGGACCCGCUUUGCUCCUUUAUGUGGGAGUGUUCUUGACUAUGACAGCAUGCGCUGUGCUCGUUACGGAAGGACGUCGGAUCAUCAAGCUUCAGUUUUAUGGCUUUGAUCGCUUUCCAAGCUCCGGAGGAGAUGGGAUUCCGGAAGUGGAGCCUUAUAUUCCGUUUGACAUCAACCCGAAUGGGAUGCUACCGGUGUAUAUGUCAUCGUAUCUUAUGGCAGUCCCCAGCUUCCUUGCGAACAUAUUAAAAACCCCGUUCUUACGGCAGUUACAAGUCCUUUUGAAUCCAACAUUACCCCCUGCACCUGGCGCAAGACCAUGGUUGUACCACACACUGACUGCGUUGCUCAUUCUCACUUUCAGCGUCCUCGACGUUAGUGACGGAGCAAAAGACAUAUCAGAGUACAUAAACAGGAUAGGGGCAAAGAUUGCGGAUGUUAAGCCUGGUCGUUCGACCGUGGAAUUUCUACGGAAAGUGCAAACCUCGGCUCGCACUUGGGGUGGAUUUUUGCUGGCACUGCUAGUGACUGUGUCAACUAUAAUCGACUAUAAGUUGCGGUCCUUGCAUCAAACUGGCGGCAUCAGCUUUACCUCCAUGCUGUUUAUUGUGGGGACGAUCAUCGAAGUAAGGCGGUCAUUCAUGGCUUAUCACGCAAUGCACACGCUAAGCAAUGUACUAAGGCGAUAUGGCGUAUAAAGAGAACGACGUGCUGUCGCGAACAUUUUCAUUCAAAACAUGGAUUAAAAUCGACAAGGUACGUCUUCUUCUUCUUUUUUAGAAAAACUCAGAUCUUGGUUACAUUUAAGAAGUCCUCAUUUUUGUCCAUAAUGGUUUCUGUAUAACAUUUUAUAAGCUCAUAAAGUAAAAGUAACUUUUAAAUAAAGAAUCAUCAAUAAAAA